AAACAUUGACGAAUGUUGUCUCUUUCUAUUACUCAUCAUGGCUCGCAACUAGAAAGACGUGUAUUUUGUUUUCUCCCGUGCGAUUAAUUGCUGUAAGAUGGGUUUCUAGUUUUUGAAACGUUUGCACACCUGCGUGUGCCUUCACAAGUUAAAAAAAUGUUUGCCAAAAUGGCGCCUACCAAGGACACCCCUGUCCCUCGACAACUAUCAUCAUCAUCACUGGACCUCGACCAAUUCCGAUUACAACUUGCAUCUUUGAUUAACACCAAGAGCAUCAUCACCACCAACAAUGAGUGCGAGCGAAUCAUGGGUGUGGUCGCUGGCUUCGGCCGACGGCCUUCUCACUGAAAACGAACGCUUCCUGCUGAGCGACGUUGAUCUUUUUAAGACCGAUGAAGAUCUACUAAAGAGUUUCCCCGCCGCUGCACCGAAGAUCGACUUCAACAAAAUCUUCCAAGAUGACUCGUCAAAUACAAUGUAUCCGCCGUCUCCGCCCGAGACAAAGCCAAGUCGAGCCGAACUUGCGAACGAUCUUCUGCAGCAGCUGGAAACUCAAUGCAAACAAGAAAACAUAUUCCAAAAUUGGCUAGAAGAGAAAGUGGAUCUACCCAUUUUCGAGAACAUAUCUCAAGUGUCCGAACGCGUGGAGGCGCCGGUGGCCCCGGCGGCCCCGGCCUACCCGGCGGCGCCGCAGCCCACCGAGGUGCUCCUGCGCGAGUUCGAGUCGGUGUACGGGGCGGUGGAGCUGACGCACCUGACGCCGCCGCAGAGCCCCCCCGGCCCCGCCACACAGCUGCUGUUGAGCUACGCGGCGCAGGCGCAGUGCGAGCCGCUCGCGCCCGCCAUCCAACUAGUGCCGCUAUCGGAGCCCGACUGGACCGUCGCGCCGGACUACGACAGCCAGGCGCUCGAGGAGUUGGUCCGCCACCGCGCCGCGCAGCUCGCCUCGCCCCAACCCUCCCGCAGCGCGUCGCCGUCCCCGCAGUCGUCCCCGCGCUCGUCGCCGCCGUCGUCGCCACGCUCGUCCACCGACGACGACUGGUGCAUCUCCGGGCGUCCCAAGCCCUACUCCCGGAACGUAGACGACCGCCGCUCGCGCAAGAAGGAGCAAAACAAGAACGCUGCUACCCGUUACCGCCAAAAAAAGAAAGCCGAAAUCGAAGUGUUGCUCAGCGAGGAGCAGAGCUUACGCAAGCGACACACCGAUUUGGGCGACAAGUGCUCGGACCUGCAGCGCGAGAUCCGCUAUCUGAAGGGGCUCAUGCGGGACCUUUUCAAGGCGAAGGGCCUCAUAAAAUAGUUUCUAAGUUUUAUCGUUACGUGAAAGAUUAACCGUGCCGCGGGAUACGCGGUCUACUGAAUAUUGUCCAAGAGUUAGGACGUUUUUAAGUUUCGAUGAUAUACUUACCUUUUAAUUUCUAGUUAGCUAGAUAAGUUGUAUUGUUUGCAUCAUUAUAUUAACGUCGAGCAGCAUGUCACCCGUGUCGUUGUCGAGGGCUACACAACAUCUUAACGAUAUAUGCAUAGGUGGCGCUUUUCAUCUCAUCAUUCAUUAUUUUUAAUUUUAGAGGAUAGGUUGCAUUCGUUGUGAUGAAACUGGGAACUUCCAUUUGUAUUCCAAUUACAGCACAUGGUUAUUGUACAAGAUUAUUUUUUGUAUUGUGAGAUCUAGUUCUGUUUUCAUGCAAUAUAAAGGAUGCGACGGCGGAA